AUGUCUUGCAGCUGUGGAUCAAGCUGCGGGUGCGGCUCAAACUGCAACUGCGGCAAGAUGUACCCUGACUUGGAGGAGAAGAGCGGCGCCACCGUGCAGGCCACCGCCGUCGUCCUCGGCGUCGGGCCCGCGAAGGUGCAGUUUGAGGAGGCCGCCGAGUCCGGUGAGGCCGGCCACGGCUGCAGCUGCGGAGCCAACUGCAAGUGCAACCCUUGCAACUGCUAAGAUGCAAGCGGUCGAUGUGUCUGUGGUGAUUGUGCCGGGUGUCAUCGGGUGUGUGAAUAAUGAAACUGGCGCCGGCCGUCUCGUUAGUGUUGUGGUGUGAAUUGUGAAACUAUUGCUACCGCUCUGUGUU